CCACACGAGUUGUUCUCCGCGAGUGUUUUGCAAUUAUUUUAUCAAGAAUCAUUUGAACAAAUAGAGGCACAUUUGUCAGGCUGUAAACAUAACGCUCAGAGUUAUCGCGGCCGACGCUGUGGCAUAUUGCUUCGAGUGAGAUAACAAAACACACUUUUAUUAAAUUACCCUACCCUCAAAAAGUGUAUCACUCUGUAUGUUUUCAGUGUAUUGGAUAAAUACAAAACAUAAUUUUGUUCCCACUGAUCAAACCUCUACUUCGUAUGGUGUAGUUAUACGGAAUGGUCCCCGGUUGGGUUCGUUGUUGAUGAAACUAUUUGUGAUUUAGUUGUGAAGAACUGGUUUUGUAAAAUGAAUGUGGAUAUGAAGUCCGUGGCCAAUGGGAAGGAGGAUGAUUACGACCCCCUGGAGCACCGACAAGUAGCCAAACCUAACUCAGACAUCAGAUCAACGGCCAACUUGAUAAAAGCCUCUCUGGGGUCAGGGUUGCUGGCCGUGCCGCUAGCGUUCGCGAACGCGGGCUGGGGCGUCGGCAUCGUCGGCACUCUCAUCAUCGGAUUCAUCUGUGGACACUGCGUGCACAUCUUGGUAUCAGUGUCAAGAGCUUGCUGCAAAAAGGAGAGAAAGCCAUUAUUGGACUACGCUGAGACCUGCCGAGCUGCGUUUGAUAAUGGACCAAAAUGGGCCAGAAAAUUUGGCACUACGGCCAAGGUUUUCGCCGAAUUUGCUAUGUUCUUUACAUAUGUGGGAGUGUGCUGUGUGUACACCAUUCUUAUCUCGGAUUCAAUUAAGCAGGUAAUCGACAAAUUCUUUCCGAACUACAUACUUGCUGUUGAAUACUACUGCUUAAUUAUAAUGGUGCCACUGAUGUUCAUGACGCAAAUUCGACAUUUGAAAUGGCUGGCCCCUCUCUCUCUAACGGCAAAUUUUCUCCUGGUGGGCACAUUUCUAAUUUGCCUUUACUACAUAUUUGGAGGAGGAGAGAUAUCUUAUGCUGAUAAACGGAUAGUGAGCGACCCUGCGAGGUUUCCAGCUUUUCUAUCGACGGUGAUCUUCGCAAUGGAAGGCAUCGGCGUGGUGAUGCCGGUGGAGAACACCAUGAAGAAGCCGCAGCACUUCCUGGGCUGCCCCAGCGUGCUGGUGGUGUCUAUGACCAUCAUCGCCUUUCUCUACAGUACUCUGGGACUCUUCGGGUACUUCCGCUUCGGAGAUGUGCUGAGAGGUUCUAUCACUUUGAAUCUGCCUAUGGAUGAUUGGCCAGCAAUCUGCGCGAAAGUGUUCAUAUCUUUGUCGAUAUUCUUGACGUAUCCUCUGCAGUUCUUCGUCGUCAUCGAUAUCUUCAACAAAUACACGGAUCCCCACAUUAGCGAACGCUACAAGAACACCACACAGAUCAUAUCCAGAAGUGUCGGAGUCUGCAUUUGUGUGGGCAUCGGCAUAGCUCUGCCCAUGUUGGAGCAGAUCAUCAACUUCGUCGGAGCCUUCUUCUACUCGAUCCUGGGUCUGCUGAUCCCGAGCGCCAUCGAGACCGUGUUCCGGUGGGACGACCUCGGCCGCUACAACUGGGUCCUGUGGAAGAACCUCGUCAUCUUCCUCAUAGGAGCCGGAGCUCUCGUGUCUGGGUGCACGGUCGCUAUCAUGGACAUGAUUGAGAUCACUAACAGCCCCACUGUUUGAUGUACUGGGUUUUUAGAGUUAUUUAUUUCUAGUUUAGCAUUUUUGUUAAAGCAAUGUAUGCUGACGGCUGUAAUCCUUGAUGAAUGUUUUGCUUUGCAGUCUAUUCUAUUCUAUUUUCUAUUAUGCUAUGUACGUAGGUGUAGGUACAUAAUUUUGUGCCACCACGCCACAGUUCAUGAUUAUUAUUCCCAUGAUUAUGUCAGAGGUCCAGGAUUCAAUCACAGAGACAUACCUAAUUAUUCCUCGGUCUCGUAUAAUAUGAUAUGCCUACUUUAAUAACAAAUUAAAUUCUUACAAUAAGUCCUAGUAACAAAACACGUGUUACAUUGAGCGCCGCCGAGUCACUCGUAGAGGAUUAUAGCCAUGAGUACUUUGCUAUUUAUUUAUUGUUAAUUUGUUACUAGAUAAAUAAUGUUGAACAAGCUAUCACUAAUACCUACUUAUCUGUUCUUCUCUCUCUUGUUGUAUUUACAGUACUAAAAACACUUAAAUAAACACGUGUGUUAAUAACAUAAUCCUUAAUUAAUAAAUAAAACACUUGUA